AUUCGUAACUUCCUUGGAGAGAAGAUUGUUCGUCGUGUACCUCUUCCGGAAGGUGUUACUGCCACUUUGUCCACUUCACAAAAGGACGAGCUUAUCAUUGAGGGAAACGAUAUCCAGCUGGUAUCUCAGGCCGCUGCUCGCAUCCAGCAGUCUACAUCUGUCAAAGAAAAGGAUAUCCGUAAGUUCCUUGAUGGAAUCUACGUGUCAGAGAAGACCACUAUUGUUCAAGAGUGA